AGACCUCGAAGAGACGCUACAAACGCCGUAGCAAGGUUGAGUUAUGUUAGCUACACGCUGAAACUGCUAAAGACGAGAGGAUCCCUGCUCUGCACAUUUCAGUGUUUUCAGUCACUAGUUGAUCAAUAUAAACAUCGGUUUAUUUACUCAGUUAUGCCUGAGAGCAGUAUGGAGAAGACAAACAUAGUUACAUGCACCGCUCCGGUAAAUAUAGCCGUCAUCAAGUACUGGGGGAAGAGAAAUGAAGAAUUAAUCCUCCCCAUUAACUCAUCUUUGAGCGUCACGUUGCAUCAAGAUCAGCUGAAAACAACAACAACAGUGGCAACCAGCAGAUCAUUUCAGGAAGAUCGAAUAUGGCUCAAUGGCAAAGAGGAGGAUAUCAGCCAGCCCAGACUGCAGUCCUGCCUGAGAGAGAUUCGACGACUUGCAAGGAAGAGAAGAAAUGAUGUGGACCCCGGUUUGGAUUUGACUGGUUUGUCUCACAAAGUCCACAUCUGCUCUGUUAACAAUUUCCCCACUGCUGCUGGACUGGCCUCCUCUGCUGCUGGAUUUGCUUGUCUAGUUUACACACUGGCUCGGGUGUUUGGUGUAGAAGGGGAAUUGUCUGGGAUUGCCCGGCAAGGCUCGGGCAGCGCAUGUCGGAGUAUGUAUGGAGGAUUUGUUCAGUGGAUCAUGGGUCACCAAGACAAUGGCAAGGACAGUCUUGCCCAGCAGGUGGAGCCAGAAACUCAUUGGCCAGACCUCAGAAUACUUGUUCUUGUGGCCAGUGCUGAGCGGAAGCAUGUAGGCAGCACCUCUGGGAUGCAAACCAGUGUACAAACAAGCUGUCUCUUAAAGCACCGGGCUGAGUCUGUCGUCCCAGGCCGGAUGGUUGAAAUGAUUGAAGCGGUGCGCAGAAAAGACUUCACUGCAUUUGCUGAACUAACCAUGAAGGACAGUAACCAGUUCCAUGCCACCUGCCUUGACACAUACCCUCCUAUCUUCUACCUCAACAGUGUGUCUCACCAGGUCAUCAACUUGGUUCAUCGGUACAACCGGCACUAUGGGGAGACAAGGGUGGCCUACACCUUUGAUGCAGGACCCAAUGCUGUGAUCUUCACUCUACAGCAGCAUGUUCCUGAGUUUGUCCAGGCGGUUCGACAUUUCUUUCCCCCAGAGACCAACGGAGGACAGUUUCUUAAUGGUCUUCCAGUUAACCAUGCUGCCCUUUCUGAGGAACUGAAGCAGGCUAUCGGUUUAGAGCCCAUGCCAAAAGGAAUACGCUACGUUAUUAGUACCAAGGCUGGACCAGGCCCUUGUGUUGUGGACGAUCACACGCAGCAUCUGCUUGGAUCUGAUGGGUUGCCUAAGAAUACAGCUUGAUGCCACACAGCUCUAAAUGGACAAAGGAGCAAUAAUGAAUCUGACUCAGCACCAAUAAGAAUCUGUUUUAUA